AUGCCACGAUUAAACAUCUUCUUUUACUCUGUUCAGAAUAUCGGCGCGUGGCCGUCAGGAAAGCAUGAACUAACUGAUUGUUACGUUCAGUCACAUGAAACCCUCUCCGAAAAUACCAAUGAACUCUUUUGGACAAAAUCUUUUCUACAAACUAGUCCAUACGACGAUCAACGAUAUCGUCAAAUUGCUUCUAAUGCAUGUCAACGCAUUAUUCGUAUGUUUUUUCGUACCACAGAUAAACCGAGCAAUUUCUCAUCAUUCUAUCUAGAAGAAGAAUCUAAAGCACAUUCCUCCCAAUCGACUUCAAAUCGUCCACCGAGUACGAUAGCGAUUAGUUUAAGUGAAACAAGUACGCGACAAACGACUCAUUCCACAUCACAAGCAACCACUCUGCCGACUACAUUGAAGAAACAGUCUUCGCAUACGCGUUUUUCAUGUUAUUUGAAAUCUCAUUCGAAACAAACCAGAAAGACACACUGUCGAACUAUAAUACCAAAAAAUAAUAAUCACUACCAAGCGAAAACGAAAUCUUUAGUCCCAAAGCAAAACGCGACCAAACUAACGACUCAAUGCCGAGAGAGAAUGUGUUCAAAAUGUUUGAAUCUUAUUCGCAAAAGUUCAACCUGUAUAUCGUCGAGUGUUCUCUGUCAACCAUGUUUAGAUAUAGUUCGAAAUUCGAACAAUAUGAUCUCCAUAAAACGACUUGCUUUGAAUAAAACCGAAGAAAAUGAGUUACGUCAUAUAAUUGAAAUUGUCAUCGAAGAAUUUCAAAAUUAUUUUGGUCAAGCCUUGACUUUGUCCAUCAAACAAAUGACCCAACAUCUUCUAUCCAACGUUAAUCUAUUCUACAAUCACUAUCGACAAGAAUUCGAACAACUGACAAAAAAGUAUCGCCUAGCGUUUCUCGAACGCUUCAUUCAAUUGAUGAAUAAGUUGAAUAGCAAGAAUAUCAAACAAACGAUGAAAUCAUCGUUAUCUGAACGCGCUUCCAUUACUCGUCCACCGAAUAUCGUGUCAAUGUCUUCAUUAAGUGGUUCGUUAGGAACAGAAAAAGAUCGAUGUGAAACUAUCACACAAUUAAUCUCGCCAUCAAAUUCGAUGUCUAUCUCAACUACAUCAAAUCGAUCGAUUGUUAUCAACGAAAAAGUCAAUCUGAACAGCAACCGAAAAUGUUCCACACUCCAGAACAGUUCUUCGAAAAAAACGUUCACCACAACUCGAAGUAAUCCUAAACCAUUAUCAAACAAAGUCCGAAAACACCUACCACCGCCGCCGUCCUCCUCAUCCUCAUCUACUUUUCAACUAAUCGACGCUUAUCGCUUCCGCGAAACAUUACGAGCAAGCAAUGCUCAAUUUCGCGCCCUACGUCCAAAACUUCAAUAA